ACUAACUGACAAACGUUAAUUUAGUUCAAUGGAUUGUCCCCGUGUUGUUUAGUUGGAUUUGAUGUUGUGCAAAAAUGUGGUUGUCAAACAAAACAUGGACUUUCAACGUUAGGAUAUUUCACACGACGAAUCAUGACCGAGUCAUUUGAGGAUGGCAAUUACUUGGUGCGCGUGCGUGCACAGGUGAUGUCAAGGGAUGACAGCUCAGGGGGCUGGGUUCCGCUGGGAGGUGGGGGUCUCAGUAACGUAUCGGUUAGAAAAAGGCCUCGGCCUUCCCCAUCUACCGCCCCUGGGCCUGAUCCUUCGAGUAAACCCAAACAUGAUUACCUGAUUUAUGGAAAAAGGAUAAGUGAUCAAUCGAUUGUAUUAAGUUGCACCAUCAAAAAAGACUUUGAGUACAACAAAGUUAUGCCAACUUUUCAUCACUGGAAAACAGGGGACAAAAAAUUUGGACUCACAUUUCAGACGGCUGCCGAUGCUAGAGCUUUUGAUAAAGGAGUACGAACCGCCGUAGAGGAACUGCUGGACGGAUUCCUACAUGGUUUUGCCGAAACUUCUCCUUCAUCACUGCUACAAAAAUAUUCAAAAGAUGUGGACGACGACGUGUUUAUGACUUUGAAUCUUCCACAUGAACCCAAAGAUUCCCGCAGUUCCAGUGAUUCAAGCUCGAAAGGUACUGAACACCUGCAAAGGGUGAACUACAUCGGGCGGGACAAACCUCUCGAACCUCGGCAACCCACUUUUGAUCCCAUCAAAGGUGGCGACAAAGGAGAAAACUAUUCGUACGUGCAAUUGACUGCGGUCCACGAGUACAUCUACCCCGUGGUGGAAGAGCAGCACAAGGUGUCGAUCGGGCGUCGCGAAUCCGGUUCGAGUUUGAAAAAAUGCAGUCCAGAACUGUCGGCUCAGCAGCCUCCUUUGCCGUUGAAAGGCAAGCCGAAAAAGCCACCAAAGACUCAAAUUCGCUGUAGACAUUGCCACGAGUUGUAUUUUGAAGACAAAAACCCGAAAGGGUCUUGUGAAUACGCCCCGGACUGUAUAAAAUCAUCGAUAAACACGAUCACUUGCAUCGGAUGUGCACAGUGUAUAUGUUAUCAUUGUGCGGCAGACGCGGAGGGCGACUUCGCGCAGCACCCCUGCGAGUGCACCAACGAAGAGAACUGCUCGAAACGGUGGAUUUGUCUGACGGUUUUAUCUAUACUCGUUCCGUGUCUGUGGCUCUAUCCUCCGUUGAAGAUCUGUCAUUGGUGCGGCAUCAGAUGCGGCAUGUGCGGAGGCCGACACAGCAUGUGAUCCAAAACACAUUAUAUUUUACGAUAUUAGUUUUACUUGCUCUUUAAGCAUACAAAUUUAUUUUUUAUAUGGAAUUUUUUUAUUUAUUUAAUAUCCAGAUUUCAUAUUAUAUAGAUUAAAAAUGUCUGUGAUUUAAUAUAAGCAUUUCAUAGUAUUAGACAAAUCAAGUUUUAUUUUGCUUGGAGAAGUAUAUGUUCUUUUACCAGUAGCUUUAAAAUUGAUAUCGUAAAGUAACGAGUGAUGUUUAAAAAACAGUUUAGUGCUCAACAAGAAGGGUUGUGAACACUGAAAAUGAACAAAGUGUCUCCACACUUAAUGUAAUGUUACAAGACUGUUCAUUUAUAAAUUUUUUAACUGUCCUCAUUACUCUCUGUUGAACGUUUUUUAACCUGAUAUUCUUUCGAUAUCGUCAUUUUGCAUUUAUAUCCCAAAUUAUGUUGUGGCCUUGUGUAUGUUUACUACAUUUCAUUUAUCAAUUUGAAGAAAAAUGUUAACGAACUUAACGCCAAUCUAUGUACCCUAUGAAUGGUCGAUACUUUACAUGAAUGGUACUAGAAUGUACUGUUGUACUGCCGAUUUGACGUAAAGAUAGUUUGUAAAUAAAGGCAUCAUAGUAAUGACAAUAUACAAUUAAAAAAGCAGUCAAAAAUGAUGAUGAAAACUGACGAUAGGAUGUGAGAUAUCUAUCCAUUGGUCAAAUAUCACUAAACAAAUUAAUGUUUUAUAUCAUAGAUUAUAAUACCGUCACCAUUGACCGGUAUUUUAAACACACGAAAAACAAGCAUUGAACAAUCGAUUUUGUUUAAAGCUUGUUUUCAGAUUAUAAGAUAUACCUAAUAACGUUUUCAUUCUCCUAAAUUUUUAUUAAAAUUUCAAAUUUUUUCAAUAAUGUGUAAUAUAUUUAACGUUAAAUGUGUCCAGGGUCCCAAUAUUAUGGAAAAAAAAUUAUAACCAAAUCGUUAUGAAUUGUUACACAAGUUUAUAACGAUUUGUUUAUUGUGUAAAGAGAUAUAUUUUAAAAACUAACAACAGUUUUACAAGCAACUUAUCGAAAAAUUAUUUUUAUUGUAAAAUUGACUCCACUUACCCAAGGGCUCAGGGUGGGUGUUGUUCAUUUUUACAAAAAUAAACACACUUCAAUUUAUUACAAUUUUUUCGAUAAUUCCUAUUUAUUAUAAAUAAUGUUGUGCUACUUUUAAAUCAGAAAAGUUUUAUUAAUGUUUCUGAAAGUUAUAGUUGCUCUGUGAAUAUGUUGUUCGUGAAGAUGUAAAAUGUUGAAAUCAAUAACUUUUGAUUGCGAUAUUUUACCUGUACAAAUUCACUUUGUUGUGAAAUAUGCAAUCGAGUAGAACUUGAUUACAUAGUUUUUAAAUGGUCAGUGUAAUAUUUGUAUAUAUGUUAAAGUAUGGCUUGUAUUGAAACAGAAUUGUGUGAAUGAUAUUUUAAAUAUAUAAGAAUAAUAAUAAAAAAAUAUGUUACUAA